AUGAAUGCCAAUGCAGCUGCGGGCCUUGCCCCUGAGCAUAUCCCCACUCCAGGGGCAGCCCUGUCCUGGCAGGCAGCCAUCGAUGCAGCCCGGCAGGCCAAGCUGAUGGGCAGUGCUGGCAACGCGACUAUCUCCACGGUCAGCUCCACGCAGCGGAAGCGGCAACAGUAUGGCAAACCCAAGAAACAGGGCAGCACAACUGCCACACGCCCACCCCGUGCCCUGCUCUGCCUGACUCUGAAGAACCCCAUCCGGAGGGCGUGCAUCAGCAUCGUUGAAUGGAAAUAUCCUUUGAGCUCUGGACCAUUUGAAAUCAUUAUUUUACUGACUAUUUUUGCCAAUUGUGUGGCCUUAGCGAUCUAUAUUCCCUUUCCAGAAGAUGAUUCCAACGCCACCAAUUCCAACCUGAAACAACUGGAAUCUUUUUUCUUAGUCUGUCUUAGUCUGGAAGUUCUGCUGAAACUUAUUGCUUAUGGAAUUAUUGAGCACCCCACUUCUCACAUUCGGAAUGGCUGGAAUGUGCUCUGUGUCCUUGUUCUCUUAGUGAUAGUGUCUUCAUGUCUGGUUGAGCAAGGGCCUCGGAAACCCUCAGAUGGGCCAAAUGUCCUGGGAGGAAAAGGGGCUGGAUUUGACGUGAAGGCAUUGAGGGCUUUCCGAGUGCUGCGCCCCUUGCGGCUGGUAUCUGGAGUCCCGAGUCUCCAGGUGGUUUUGAAUUCCAUUAUCAAGGCCAUGGUCCCCCUGCUGCAUAUUGCUCUGCUAGUGCUGUUUGUCAUCAUCAUCUACGCCAUCAUCGGCCUGGAACUCUUCAUGGGGAAGAUGCAUAAGACGUGCUACAACCAGGAGGGCAUAGCAGAUGUUCCAGCAGAGGAUGAUCCUUCCCCAUGUGCUCUGGAGACGGGCCAUGGGCGUCAGUGUCAGAAUGGCACCGUAUGCAAGCCCGGGUGGGACGGUCCCAAGCACGGCAUCACCAACUUUGACAAUUUUGCCUUCGCCAUGUUGACGGUGUUCCAGUGCAUCACCAUGGAGGGCUGGACAGAUGUGCUGUACUGGGUGCAGGACGCUAUGGGCUAUGAGUUACCCUGGGUGUAUUUUGUCAGUCUGGUCAUCUUUGGAUCCUUUUUCGUUCUAAAUCUGGUUCUCGGUGUGUUGAGCGGAGAAUUUUCCAAAGAGAGGGAGAAGGCCAAGGCUCGGGGAGAUUUCCAGAAGCUUCGAGAGAAGCAGCAGUUGGAAGAGGAUCUGAAAGGCUACCUGGACUGGAUCACACAGGCAGAAGACAUCGACCCCGAGAAUGAGGAUGAAGGCAUGGAUGAGGAGAAACCCCGAAACAGAGGCACUCCGGCGGGCUUGCUUGAUAAGAAGAAAGGGAAGUUUGCUUGGUUUAGUCACUCCACAGAAACCCAUGUGAGCAUGCCCACAAGUGAGACAGAAUCUGUCAACACUGAAAAUGUGGCUGGAGGUGACAUCGAGGGAGAAAACUGCGGGGCCAGGCUGGCACACCGGAUCUCCAAAUCAAAGUUCAGCCGCUACUGGCGCCGGUGGAAUCGGUUCUGCCGAAGAAAGUGCCGUGCUGCAGUCAAGUCUAAUGUUUUCUACUGGCUCGUGAUUUUCCUGGUAUUCCUUAACACACUCACCAUUGCUUCUGAGCAUUACAACCAGCCCCACUGGCUCACAGAAGUCCAAGAUACUGCCAAUAAGGCAUUGCUGGCCCUCUUCACUGCAGAAAUGCUUCUAAAGAUGUAUAGCCUGGGCCUGCAGGCCUAUUUCGUGUCCCUCUUCAACCGCUUCGACUGCUUCAUUGUGUGUGGGGGCAUCCUGGAGACUAUCCUAGUGGAAACCAAGAUCAUGUCCCCCCUGGGCAUCUCUGUGCUGAGAUGUGUCCGGCUGCUGCGGAUAUUUAAAAUCACAAGGUACUGGAACUCCUUAAGCAACCUGGUGGCAUCCCUACUCAACUCUGUGCGCUCCAUUGCCUCCCUGCUGCUUCUCCUCUUCCUCUUCAUCAUCAUCUUCUCCCUCCUGGGAAUGCAGCUCUUUGGAGGAAAGUUCAACUUUGAUGAGAUGCAAACCAGGAGGAGCACAUUCGAUAACUUUCCCCAGUCUCUCCUCACCGUGUUUCAGAUCCUGACCGGGGAGGACUGGAAUUCGGUGAUGUAUGAUGGGAUCAUGGCUUAUGGCGGCCCCUCUUUUCCAGGGAUGUUAGUCUGUAUUUACUUCAUCAUCCUCUUCAUCUGUGGAAAUUAUAUCCUACUGAAUGUGUUCUUGGCCAUUGCUGUGGACAACCUGGCUGAUGCGGAGAGCUUAACAUCUGCUCAAAAAGAGGAGGAAGAAGAGAAGGAGAGAAAGAAGCUGGCCAGGACUGCGAGCCCAGAGAAGAAACAAGAGGUGGUGGAAAAGCCGGCAGUAGAGGAGACCAAGGAGGAGAAAAUUGAGCUGAAAUCCAUUACGGCUGAUGGAGAGUCCCCACCCACCACCAAGAUCAACAUGGAUGACCUCCAACCCAAUGAAAACGAAGACAAGAGUCCUUACCCCAACCCAGAAAAUACAGGAGAAGAGGAGGAAGAGGAGCCUGAGAUGCCCGUGGGCCCCCGUCCCCGCCCACUGUCUGAGCUUCACCUUAAAGAAAAGGCAGUGCCCAUGCCAGAAGCCAGUGCAUUCUUCAUCUUCAGCCCCAACAACAGAUUCCGCCUCCAAUGUCACCGAAUUGUCAAUGACACCAUCUUCACCAACCUCAUCCUCUUCUUUAUUCUGCUCAGCAGCAUCUCCCUGGCUGCUGAGGAUCCCGUACAGCAUACCUCCUUCAGGAACCAUAUCCUAGGCAAUGCAGACUAUGUCUUCACUAGUAUCUUUACGUUAGAAAUUAUUCUUAAGAUGACUGCGUAUGGGGCUUUCCUCCACAAGGGCUCUUUCUGCCGGAACUACUUCAACAUCCUCGACCUGUUGGUGGUCAGCGUGUCCCUCAUCUCCUUUGGCAUCCAGUCUAGUGCAAUCAAUGUCGUGAAGAUCUUGCGAGUUCUGCGAGUACUCCGGCCUCUGAGGGCCAUCAACAGGGCCAAGGGGCUAAAGCACGUGGUUCAGUGUGUGUUUGUUGCCAUCCGGACCAUCGGGAACAUCGUGAUUGUCACCACACUGCUGCAGUUCAUGUUUGCCUGCAUUGGGGUCCAGCUCUUCAAGGGAAAGCUCUACACCUGUUCAGAUAGUUCCAAGCAGACUGAGGCAGAGUGCAAGGGUAACUACAUCACGUACAAGGACGGGGAGGUUGACCACCCCAUCAUCCAGCCCCGCAGCUGGGAGAACAGCAAGUUUGACUUUGACAAUGUUCUGGCGGCCAUGAUGGCCCUCUUCACUGUCUCCACUUUUGAGGGGUGGCCAGAGCUGCUGUAUCGCUCCAUCGACUCCCAUACAGAAGACAAGGGCCCCAUCUACAACUACCGUGUGGAGAUCUCUAUCUUCUUCAUCAUCUACAUCAUCAUCAUUGCCUUCUUCAUGAUGAACAUCUUCGUGGGUUUCGUCAUCGUCACCUUCCAAGAGCAGGGGGAACAGGAGUACAAGAACUGUGAGCUGGACAAGAACCAGCGACAGUGUGUAGAAUACGCCCUUAAAGCCCGUCCCCUGAGGAGAUACAUCCCCAAGAACCAACACCAAUACAAAGUGUGGUACGUGGUGAACUCCACCUACUUUGAGUACCUGAUGUUCGUCCUUAUCCUGCUCAACACCAUCUGCUUGGCCAUGCAGCACUACGGUCAGAGCUGCCUCUUCAAAAUCGCCAUGAACAUCCUCAACAUGCUCUUCACUGGCCUCUUCACUGUGGAGAUGAUCCUGAAGCUAAUUGCCUUCAAACCCAAGGGUUACUUUAGUGAUCCCUGGAAUGUUUUUGACUUCCUCAUCGUAAUUGGCAGCAUAAUUGACGUCAUUCUCAGUGAGACUAAUAAUACCGGGCAUCUUCCUGAAAACGCAGAGGAGAACUCCCGAAUCUCCAUCACCUUCUUCCGCCUCUUCCGGGUCAUGCGCCUGGUCAAGCUGUUGAGCCGAGGCGAAGGUAUCCGGACCUUGCUGUGGACUUUCAUCAAGUCCUUCCAGGCCCUGCCCUACGUGGCUCUCUUGAUAGUGAUGCUGUUCUUCAUCUAUGCCGUGAUUGGAAUGCAGGUGUUUGGGAAAAUCGCCUUGAAUGACACCACAGAAAUCAAUCGGAACAACAACUUUCAGACCUUCCCUCAAGCUGUGUUGCUUCUCUUCAGGUGUGCCACAGGGGAAGCUUGGCAGGACAUCAUGCUGGCCUGCAUGCCAGGCAAGAAAUGUGCCCCAGAGUCUGAGCCCAACAACAGCACGGAAGGGGAGACGCCUUGUGGCAGCAGCUUUGCUGUGUUCUACUUCAUCAGCUUCUACAUGCUCUGUGCCUUCCUGAUCAUCAACCUCUUUGUAGCUGUCAUCAUGGACAAUUUUGACUACCUGACAAGGGACUGGUCCAUCCUUGGUCCCCACCAUCUGGAUGAAUUUAAAAGAAUCUGGGCAGAGUAUGACCCUGAAGCCAAGGGUCGGAUCAAACACCUAGAUGUGGUGACCCUCCUCCGGCGGAUUCAGCCCCCUCUGGGUUUUGGAAAACUCUGUCCUCACCGUGUGGCUUGCAAACGCCUGGUCUCCAUGAACAUGCCUCUGAACAGCGAUGGAACCGUUAUGUUCAAUGCCACCUUGUUUGCCCUGGUCAGGACAGCCCUGAGAAUCAAAACGGAAGGGAACCUAGAGCAAGCCAAUGAGGAGUUACGUGCAAUAAUCAAGAAGAUCUGGAAGCGGACCAGCAUGAAGCUACUAGACCAGGUGGUGCCCCCUGCAGGUGAUGAUGAGGUCACCGUUGGCAAGUUUUACGCCACUUUCCUGAUCCAAGAGUACUUCCGGAAGUUCAAGAAGCGCAAAGAGCAGGGGCUUGUAGGAAAGCCUUCCCAGAGGAACACCCUGUCCCUACAGGCGGGCCUGCGCACGCUGCAUGAUCUUGGGCCUGAGAUCCGACGAGCCAUCUCUGGAGAUCUGACAGCUGAGGAGGAGUUGGACAAGGCAAUGAAAGAGGCCGUAUCUGCUGCCUCUGAAGAUGACAUCUUCAGGAGGGCCGGUGGCCUGUUCGGCAACCACGUCAGCUACUACCAAAGUGACGGCCGGAGCGCCUUCCCCCAGACCUUCACCACCCAGCGCCCGCUGCACAUCAACAAGGCGGGUAACAGCCAAGGCGACACCGAGUCGCCUUCCCACGAGAAACUGGUGGACUCCACUUUCACUCCCAGCAGCUACUCAUCCACUGGCUCCAACGCCAACAUCAACAAUGCCAACAACACUGCCCUGGGCCGCUUCCCCCGACCCACCGGCUACCCCAGCACGGUCAGCACCGUGGAGGGCCAUGGGCCCCCAUUGUCUCCUGCCAUCCGGGUGCAGGAUUCAGCAUGGAAGCUCAGCUCCAAGAGGUGCCGCUCCCGGGAGAGCCAGAUAGCCAUGGUGUGUCAGGAGGAGGUCUCUCAGAACGAGACCUAUGAGGUGAAAGUAACAGAAGAUACAGAGUACUGCAGUGAGCCCAGCCUCAUCUCCACAGAGAUGCUCGCCUAUCAGGAUGAUGAAAACAGACAACUGACGCCCCCAGAGGAGGACAAGAGGGACAUCCGUCAAUCUCCAAAGAGGGGUUUUCUCCGCUCUGCCUCACUAGGUCGAAGGGCCUCUUUCCACUUGGAAUGUCUGAAGCGACAGAAGAAUCAAGGCGGAGAUAUGUCUCAGAAGACAGUGCUGCCCUUACAUCUGGUUCAUCAUCAGGCAUUGGCAGUGGCAGGCCUGAGCCCCCUUCUCCAGAGAAGCCAUUCCCCCACCACAUUCCCCAGGCCGUGUGCCACCCCCAGCAGCUGCGGCUGGCCCCCACAGCCCAUUCCCACCCUGAGGUUGGAAGGCGCCGAGUCCAGCGAGAAACUCAACAGCAGCUCCCCGUCCUUGCACUGCAGCUCCUGGUCUGAAGAGAGUCCCAGCUGUGGUGGGGGUGACAGCACCAUCCGGAGAGCUCGGCCUGUCUCCCUCACUGUGCCCAGCCAGACCGGGGCCCCAGGGAGGCAGUUCCACGGCAGUGCCAGCAGUCUGGUGGAAGCGGUCUUGAUUUCGGAAGGACUGGGGCAGUUUGCUCAAGAUCCCAAGUUUAUCGAGGCCACCACCCAGGAGCUGGCCGACGCCUGCGACAUGACGCUUGAGGAGAUGGAGAGUGCGGCUGACAACAUCCUCAGUGGAGACGCCCAGCAGAACCCCAAUGGCACCCUAUUACCUUUCGUUAACUGCAGGGACCCAGGGCAGGACAGAGCAGGGGGCGAAGAGGAUACCAGCUGCGGGCCUGCCCUGGAGUGUCGGAUGAGUGAUGAGGAACUCCAGGACAGCAGGGUCUACGUCAGCAGCCUGUAG